AUGGGUAGUGAAUUUUUGUCAAGAAAACCCCAUUAUGAUAUCACCAUGUCAAAGAGGACAAGAAAGCCAGCUUCAAACGUCAUCAACAUUCAAGAAUCUGCAGAAAACUGCAUCAGUGGUACGGUGAAGAUGAAUCAGGUGGUGAAUGAAGUGUGUGAUGAUCAUGAAGGGAUUAUUCAAGGGGAUGAUGAUGAUAGUGAUCGGAGCAAGAAGAGUUUGAAGCAGCUGAUUGAAGGCGGCCGGAGAGGGACUUCGCUGGGAGAAUACUUCACGGCGGAAGAGAAGCAGCUUCAGGUGGCGGUGGUGGCGGCGGAGGACGGCGGGUCUAAUGGAGUCAAGUUCAAGCGCAUGGUUCGCCGGUACACCAAAGUGUUGAGCCACAUGAUGAAGCUUAAGCGCGAUGCGAACAAACCCCAUUUCCGAUUAAAACUUUAA